AUGUCGUCGCAUCGUUUGACGCGAGAGCAAAAAGGAAAGGGGGCGGUAUCUUCUCGGGAUUCUGCUGAGAAUCCUGACAGUAUCCAUCACGGAGCAAUGAUGGAUACGGAGAAUAUGGAUUUAGCGCAGCGUCUUUUGGUCUCGGAAGCAAGAGAACAGUUCCGGGGUGACGACGACGGUCAAGAAGCGGUCGACGCCUCGAUUGUUCCGAUCAGCUACUACCCUGGGAACAUCUUCGCCGAGGAGAGCCCACUGGAGGUUUGGAGAAUUCGACCUUCGGUCGUCGAUGGACAAGAUUGGUCCAACGUCGAGAGGACGAAGUCCACCGUGGAGUCGGUGGAGGCUAUUCUCCGAGAUCUCAAUGCACACGGGGUCUCGUUCAUCAUCCCAAAGCGGGAUCAGAGGCCUUGGUCGCCCCCAAAGGGGUAUCAGUGCAUCUACGAGUCAUAUUUCCGGAAUGACACAAAGCUGUGGUUCCCGAUUCCUCGAAUCGUCACGACUUAUGCGUUCCGCAGAGGAGUCGCUUUAAGCCAGCUGAUGAACGGGUCUCUUCGGCUGAUGGUCGUUCUAUCGGUAAUUGCGGCCGAGGCGGCGACGUCGAUGAGUGUGAGGUCGUUUGAAGAAUUGACCUCGGUUUCAAUUUCCGAUGAUGGGCUCGUCUCGACGAGGAUGCGCCCAAACUACAACGUGGUUACGGGGUAUCCGACCAAAACCUCGGAUUGGCAACGUUCGUACUUCUAUGUGAAGUCGAACAGGUCAGCGUUCGAGGAACCUCCGAAGUCUGGUUAUCGCGUUCUUUGGAAUGCGGAGAUGGUUGGUCACCCGAAUCUCGCCACGUACCCCGAGGAUUGGAGGGAGAGCGCUCGAAUUGUUGCGUUGCAGAAGCAAGAUCACUGGGAGGAUUUUACUCGAGAGAGAAUUCAGAGAUCUGUAGACCGGAUUGCCAACCAGAGCUGGAUCUCGGAACCGCAUCCUCAUAUUAACCAAUCGACAUCGAAGAGAUUAUCCCUUUUUACGAGAGCCGAGCAGAAGGAGAUCAACCGAGCUAAAACGAUGAAGCAACUACCAGACCUUAGUCUUAUUGUAGCCGGGAAGGUCGGAGCCAAGCGAGGCGCUUCUGAGAACAGGGUUGGUCCUUCGGGACUGGAGGUCGUAGAGGCGACUCCAAUUGCCACUGAGCAGGCGCGUACUGGCGGCUCCUCGCAGGGUAAAAGCUCGAAGAAGAGCAAGAAAAGUGCCGGGGGUCCGAAGGAUUCCUCCGAGCCGGAACAUCCUGGUGCGGAUGGUUCUUCUAAGAAAGGGGGGAAGAAAAGGAAAGCCGGGGACCCGCCUUCUGAAGAUAUUCCCAAGAAGAAGAAGAUGAAGAAGAAAGAAACGGCUCCGCCCCGCUCAUCCUCGGUCUGCGAAGAGGAACUUCAGGCUCUGGUUCCUGAAGCUAUCCCCGAGGUUGGGACCUCGGAGGAUGAUGAGAACGAGACCAUCGCCCUCCGCCGACGGAGACGGGAGAGUCAAGUCACCGAGGAGGUAUCCCGUGGAGCCUUAGCCGGUGAUCUGCGUUCCACUGAGGUUCCGAGGGGAACAUCGACUUCGGGAGGACAGCGGGACCGUUUGAGGAAUGAGUCCCCUGCUCAUGUCACGGAAGGAUCUGAGACCCGAGUAUCCGGUCGCCCUAAGGAAACCCCGGCAGAUGGGUUCAGAUUCGAGUUUAACCGUGAACUUCCGCUGGCUUGCUACCCGGAAGACUGUGCUCGCCUGUUACGGUUGGUCAAAGGCGGUCCCGAUCAACUCCCUUCGGUGGGAGAUCUCAUCUUCAAAGAUGAGUAUGAGCACGCCUCUUGCUCGUCUGUAAAGAGCCACGGCGACUGGAAUGUUCUGGUCGGGAAGUAUGACACAGCCCUCAGGCGGGCUAGAGAGCAGACCCGUGAGAGCGAAGAAGCCAAGAAGAAAACGGAGGAGGCUCUUCGGGUGUCUUCGCGGGAAAAGGCUGAAGCCAUUGCUCGGGAGAAAUCUCUCAGGAAAGCGUUUGACGAGACGCGAACAUCUGACGCGGCUGAACUGCAGAUGUGUAAGGAGGCGAUGAACAAUCUCGAGUUCAUGGUGGAUAAGCAGCGGAAGGAAAAGGCUGAUCUAGAGGCAAAAAUGGCUGCGGAAUUGCUAAGGCAUUCCGAGGAGAUGGACAGGCUUCGGAAAUCUCGUAAGUACGAGGUCACGCACGAGAGGGUUCGCGUGCUGAUUGCCAUGAUCGCUAAAGCCGAGAAACGCUUUCACAGGAUUUCCCUUCGUGAGGACAAAAGGGACAAAUACGACGAUGCUCGGUGUCUCUAUAGUCAAGCCUUCGGGACGAGGAAAUGUCUCGAGCAGAUCAAGGCCUCUGGUGUUGAGAUCCCGCAGGAAACCAUUGACUUCUUCAUCGGGCAAGAGAAGCACUACGAGGAAGAAGCAGAGCGUUUGGAGGUAAAGGAGAUUCCGGCGGAAGAUCUUCGCCUUUCUCCGCUAGUGUUGGAGUCUCGAUUUUUGAUCGAGGAAAUUUGGCGUCAGCUUGAUCCGUUUGGGUCAAAUAUUGAUUUGAUCGAUUCAUAGGCCGCUAUUGCUCUGCGUACUCCUCUUCGUCCUGAAGAUCCGGUGGAGAAGCCCGCUCAAACUGCUGUAUCCUCCAACCAGCCCACCGACCAAGACAUUGACCCUGCGAAGCAGGCAUCAGCAGGAGCGGUUGUUCUGAAGGACGGAGCCGUGCCGACUAUCGUGCUAACGGAUUCCCCUGCUAAGGCAUCGAAGAACGCCAGCUCAUCUGCUUCGUCGUCAGAGGACCCGGAGAAAGGUGAUGAUGCUCUUGCGGGGAUGCCUACUGCAGACGCGACUGCGCCAGCCCCAACCAAAUUUGGUCGUGUCUCGGGUCCCGGAGAAGGAGAUGGCCGUGGCAACGAGGAUCCUCCCGUGGUUGAUUGAUGUCUGUCGUCAUCUGUUGUAAAAUUUUUCUAUUUCGGCUCCUUGAAGCCUUUGAACUUAUCUCUGUUGUUGUUUAAGUACUCGGAAGGUUUCCUUUGCCCCUUUUUCUUUAAAACUUUGAAUGAUUACCAAGUGUUUUUUCCUUUAAGUGUGUUACGGAUAACCGCUAACGUCUUAGUUGAUUAUGAAAUUAUUCGUUGCUCGCUAACUCAAUCCCACUAUUCUUUCUUGUGAUAAGUCGGGAAAGAGUUAAGACAAGAAUUUUCUUUUUGAUAAGUUUCCGAGGGAAAGGUAUCUGAAUGCUACGCCGUAAUCGAGAAAAUUUGGUCGGCCAACUCAUUAUUUUUCGAUUUGCGAUAAGAUCCGAAAUUCCACUUCGUGAAUUUGGUCAAUGAUUUACAUCAUCGGUGACUCUGUUUUUCCCUUCGUUCGAUAUCUGAUCAGGAUACGUUCGAUUAAUUUGGGCGAGUGCCCGUGCGCCGCUUUUCGAGUUAAGGGGCUGGCAUCGUUUGCUCGUGAGAGGAACGAGAUGAAUAAAACUUUUUUUUUGUUUUGGGUGGUUGGGGCUGGACCCCGUAGAGGGGAUGCCUACGUACCUCCGAGGAGGAUCAAGCCUUUCGUAGUUCGUUUUAGUCCGAGUAAAAGUGACUUGGUAGUCAUUUACUCGGGCGAGUAGAAGUGA